AUGCCGCCGAAAUCAGAUUUGUUCAAGGUUGAGGAGAUUUGUGGCGCAGGUCGCGGAGUGAUCGCUAGUCGAGCGAUACCUUCGGGCACGAUAGUAUAUGAGAGCGGGCCGCCUGCCUUUCAUGUCAUUUACUCGGAAUAUCGCAAGGAGACAUGUGCGUCGUGCUUCACGUGGAAUCGUGGUCGAACGCUGCCAGUCCGGGAGAAUGAUCUUAAUAAGGUGUUCUGCUCUGUGUCUUGUCGAGAAUCAUGGAUGCAAGAGCAAGGUCCGAUCGGGGUCGCUGCGUGGGAAGCUCUGUCAAACUUCGUUCGACGGAAUCAACGCAAAGUGUGUAACGAGAUCGUUCAUGAGGGCGACCGACCCAGUCAGCUGUCGAUCGAGACGAGAUGGAGGGAGGCAGAAGAACAAGCACGUGUGGUGAGUGGCCCUGAAGAGGAGAAUGGAUCAACGCGCGCGAAUCAAGGUCCCGGAAAAGCUGCCCGUGCAAUCAUUCAGAAGGUGACAUCUAAGAUAUAUCCCGAUAUACUGUCGUACCUUCUAUCAGCACAUCUCUUUCGAACCUCACAUACGGAGACUUGGAUCGAUGAGGUACGGUCCCUUGCGAUGGACGACAAGCCAUAUCGUAGCCAGAAUGAGCUAGAAGCGCAUUGCAAUAGCCUUCCGCAGCUUGCAUCGUUUCUUGCUGGAGAGCACUCGACAGACUACCUCAUAGAGGCCUGCGAGAUGGUUGCGAAAGCAGAUAACCACAACGCCUUCGGCCUCUACUCGGGAACGAACGAAGAAGAGAGAGAGGAAUUCAUGGGGUUUGCAGUGUUUCCGACCGCCAGCUAUUUCAAUCACUCUUGUCGCCCGAACUUGAUCAAAACUCGCAAUGGCCGCUCCUGGAGAUUCGAGACAAAUCGAGAGAUUCCUGCCGGUACAGAACUUUGUAUCACCUAUCUUGGCGGUGCUGAAAAGGAGCUUGAUGUUUUGCAACGGAGGGCACGACUUCAAGACACGUGGGGCUUUCAAUGUAGCUGUGAGAAGUGUCUAGAAGAGGCAAAGGUGCAUCAGCCCAAUCUUGAUUAG